AUGGUUGCCGACAUCUCAGAACCGACGCACUUUCCAGUGAUCAUCAUUGGAGGCGGUGCUUGUGGGCUGACUCUGUCCAGCUUCCUCUCUGACUAUGGCGUGUCGCAUGUGCUGUUUGAACGCCAUGAAGCGACAUCCUACCUACCCAAGGCGCACUACAUUAAUCAGCGAACGAUGGAGAUCUACCGGCAGCACGGGCUAUCCGAGGCCAUUUACAAAGAAGCCUCGCCACAGCAGAACAUGUGCCAGAUGCUGUGGCAGAGUUCCCUGGGAGGCGACGGGCCGUUUGACCAAAAGAAGUUUGGAAGCCUGCAGUGUUUCGGUGGUUACGAGGGAACCGCUAUGCAUGAGACCUACAAAACGCAGUCACCCACGCUCCCGUGCAAUUUGCCUCUGAUCCGAACUGAGCCUAUCCUCCGCCGGGUUGCCGAAGAGAGAAACCCACGAAAUAUUCGUUUCGGCCAUACUGUCACGGAGAUUCAAGACGACGGCCGGCAGGUCCUGGUCACAGUGGUAGACUCAAGCAAUGUCACCAGCCACUACCGUGCCGACUACCUUGUUGGAGCCGAUGGAGGCAAGACCGUUGGACCACAUAUUGGGGCGGUGAUGGAAGGCCGCAAACGACUGCAAGACAAGGUGUCUGUGCAUUUCAAGGCCGACCUGUCUAAGUAUUGGGAUGGCGGUACAAUCACACACAGUGGUGCGCUCGUCGUCACUGGUCCGACAUGGGGAAAGCACUCGGAAGAAUGGUCCAUUCAUUUCGGUCAUCGCAUGGACGAUCCGGAACGGUUCAACGAGGAAAACCUGGUGCCGCGACUACGCGGCCUGCUAAAGAUCCCGGAUCUGGAGCUGGAGAUCCUGAACAUCAGCCAUUGGAUCCAGGAGCGCGUUCUCUCGAGUAAAUACCAAGAAGGCAGGCUAUUCCUCGCAGGAGAUGCAGCACAUCGCCAUCCCCCUACAACGGGCUUGGGCAUGAACACAGCCGUGACAGAUGCUCACAAUAUUGCGUGGAAGCUUGCUUUGGUGUGCAGCGGUCACUCCAGUCCUAAACUCUUGGAUACGUAUUCCAGGGAGAGGAGACCUGUUGGCCAGAGAAACUGCGAUUGGGCCGCCUUCACUACAGACAACAGAAGGGUUCUCGACGCGGCCAUCGGCAUGAUCCCUGGCCAAAUCGAAGCCAACGUGGCGAGAUUCCAACGGCUGUUCGACGACUCGGAGAUGGGCAAAACCGAACGAGCCCAGGUCCAACGAAUCCUGCAAAGUCAAGACAUCGAAUUCUCUGCGUCUGAAAUUGAGCUGGGAUACCGCUACGAGGACGGUGCCACCAUUAGUGAUGGCAGUCCUCCUCCUGCAUCAGACCCUCUCGGUCAACGCUACAUCCCCACGACGCGGCCCGGACAUCGUCUGCCACACGUCUGGUUAGCGAAGGGAGACGAAGCCGUGUCCACGCACGACCUGGUCGGGAGCUUGGCUAGAUUCGUCUUGAUCACGGACGAACAUGGGGAUGACUGGAUCUCGGCGGUCGCGAAGCUGCGUAAUUCUUCACUUGAGAUUGUGGGCGUCCAGAUUCCGACUGACGACGACCAAGCAGCCACUACUUUUGAGUAUAGGGACACAGAGAAAAAGUGGAAUAGUCUUCGUGGGAUUGAGAAUGGAGGGGCGAUCUUGGUCAGGCCUGAUAAUUUUGUCGCGUGGCGAUCGAGGGGCGCGAGUGUCGACCAAGGCAGAGAAUUGGUCGCUGCACUCGAGACUCUGCUGGGGAAGUCACUAUAA